AUGGCGUACCCAGGGAAUUCGAUUCCGAAUUUGGCAGCGAGUUUUACCUGGGGGAGCGAGAGGAGAAUUGGAAAUCUGAAGAAACCUGAAGCGGUGUCGUCGCGGAAGAGGACAACGGCGAAUCUGAGUUCGCUUUUGUGGGGAGAGGCUUCGGUAUGCCAUCACGGUCUCUGCGGACGAGAUCUUCUGCAACGGCCAGAUUCGGGCUUCUGCACAAUGAAUUUGGCCGCGAAGAAAGAGGACGAGAUAUUUGGCGAGAUCGAAAUUAGAUCGGGCACUGAGAGAAGAAAAAGGCUGCGUGAUGUGUUUGGAGAGAAUGAGGGGCGCUCAUCUCUCCCUCUCGAUUGCCUCGCCAUCACCGACGAGCUCUUUCCCUCCGCAAGACGCCACCGCGAGCAGGCCCCGUCUUUUGCGUAUGACCGCCGUUGCUUCUCCUCUGCGCGCAGGACCCCCUUCCAGCCACCAGCCAUUCAUAAGCAGCCAGAGGUCGCUGUUCCCUCACGCGCAAGGAUUCCCAACCCGCAGACGCAGCCCCAUCUCUCGCGAUACCCACCGGCGACCUUCACCCGCUGCCGCUCGAUCUCGGAGCUCCGUCGCAGCGCCCCUCCACCGCUGCUCUGCCCUAUAGAAUUAAACUUAAGACCUACAUUCUAUGAUGGCAGUGAAAAGCCAGAUGCCUUUGGAUCUUUCAAAACUGCUGGAAAUCAGAACAACAAAUUGUGA